UUUGGCUUAUUGUUAGUCCGUUUUCACGCGACGUCGUGACUCCUCUGGUCAUACCACCAAAGAUUCUGCGACGGCACGGAAAUUAGAGAUUGCGUAGUUCCUUCAGCUCUUUCAAAGUAGUUUGGAGUAUGUAUUUUCAGGGCUAUUGAAGCUGACAUUCAAGCUUUUUUGGCAGUUUCAGCUGAGGACAGGCGCCUUUCAUAGCCAGGGUGGGGCCCAACGCUCUUGGAGUGGUAGAACCUUGAGCCGUAGUUUGCCACCUCACUUGGGUACAUCGGGCCUCUGACCGAAAGUCGUUCUGGGUUUCAGCUAAACAUAGGGCACGAGAUCCGAAGUCCAUCGGCAGCUGAAAGCUUUUAAGACGUUCAUUUGCUGCCUAAUCAUACCUCGGAAUUCAUUCACUUGAAUAGGGCGACUUGUCAAUUGAAACAACCGUUGAUGCUAAACAAAAUGACGACCAAUAUUAUCAAGAAUUAUAAAAUUGCCAGCAUCCCCGCAGAUGGCAUUGGACCGGAAGUUGUGAAUGUCACAAUUGAUGUGCUCAAGUCAUUGCAACAAUCUUUGAAGACCUUUGAACUGGAAUUCACUGAGCUUGACUGGGGCACCGCGCGAUACAAACAAACAGGGGAAUAUAUGCCCAAGGAUGGGCUCGACAUUCUGAGGAAGUUUGAUGCUGGCAUUUUCGGUGCCGUUGGCGCGCCAGAUGUUCUCGACCACAUCUCGUUGUGGAACCUCCUUCUGGCAAUUCGCGGGCCCAUGCAGCUAUACGCCAAUGUUCGGCCUGUCAAGACUUUUCCCAACGUGCCCUCUCCAUUAAGUCAUGCGAAACAGGGCGAUAUCGAUUGGGUUUUAGUUCGAGAGAAUAGUGAGGGGGAAUACUGUGGCCAAGGCGGGCGCACUCAUCGUGGACAGCCCUGGGAAGCAGCAACAGAGCUGGCGAUCUUCACCCGUGUGGGAAUUGAACGUAUCAUGCGUUUCGCCUUUGAGACUGCGCGCAGUCGUCCACGCAAGUUACUGACCGUGGUCACCAAAAGCAAUGCCAUGCGCAAUGGCAUGGUGCUCUGGGACGAGAUCGCUGCCGAGGUCGCGAAGGAUUACCCGGACGUGGCGUGUGAUAAAGUACUCGUUGAUGCCAUGACUGUCAGGAUGGUAGUGAAUCCCAAAUCUUUGGACACUAUUGUUGGAACCAACUUGCACAUGGACAUCAUGUCUGACCUGGCCGCUGCCCUUGGUGGGUCGAUUGGUAUCGCCGCUUCUAGUAACCUCGACCCAACCCGUCAAAAUCCGUCCCUUUUCGAACCAGUCCACGGCAGCGCUUUCGACAUCACGGGGAAGGGAAUCGCUAACCCGGUAGCCACUCUUUGGUGUGCUUCUGAGAUGCUAAACUGGCUUGGUGAGACCGAGGCUGCUCGGAUCUUGCUUCAAGCUGUUGAGGAGACAUGCAGUCAAGGCAUUUGCACGCCAGACCUUGGCGGAAAAGCGAACACUAAGGAAGUUGCUGCCGCAGUUGCAGCCCAGAUAAAGAAAAUUGCAGGUGUAUCAUAGUAACAUUGGACAAUUUCUCUGCAUUUUUGGAUGUUUAUUUUACCCUGAGAGGCUGCAUGAUACCUCCAGUACUUCAAGUCGAUCAAAGGAUUCUAGAUUACAGAAAUGAUUUACAUUGACAUA